AUGUCUAACCCAAUCCAGUUUUGUGUUUUUCUGCCUAGUUAUCUUCUUCGAUAUGUUGUUGAUGGCAUUAGGCCAAGCAUUGAUCCUGAACUAUUUCUACGUACAGCCGCUACCACCGAAAUCUUAGAGACAAUCCUAGCGUUCUAUCCCCAUUUUCGUUUUACUCCGAAUGCACAACAAGAUCGUGAUCUCCUCCAAAAGAUGUUCAUCGGCAUGGUUGCGCCGCGUCUAUCUAAUAUAAUCAUCCCUACUCAGCGCGUUCCAAACUACACGCAAGCCUCAUCACCUACCCCAAUAUCCGAAAGUCCCGAAUUUACAACCACGGUAGACUCUGUCGAUGAUAUCGACGUCAAUCGGAUGGCAAUGUUCAACAACUUUUGUCUUACGUACCUCAAGAAUGGGCAGUACCGUCUUGCUGCCGAAUACCUCAACCGCUUUCUCGAUACUUACGAGUUCUUAAAUCAAGAAGAGAUCAACGUGAUCAUGGAAGCCCAAGCUGGUGCCGAAGAAGCCUUCCACGACAGUUCAUGCUACCUUCAAGAUUGUCAUCAGUCCAUUGAGGGCAUACAGCUUCAAUUACGUCAAAACAAUCUUUCACCAACCGAACGCCAAGUGCUUGAGGAGCGGCAGAAAACUAUGAUCAUUUCAUUGAGAUCUAAUCAGCGAUUGUUUAGUAAUUCCAUUCAAGAUGUUGGAUUUGUUGCCGCGUUGGCUGAAUAUCACAAAAACAUUCUGGCUAGCCGUCAACCGGAUCCUUCUAAGUAA